AUGGCUCAAUUAAGAGCAUUAUUACCUCCUUUAUCAGUUAAAACAAUAUUCACAUGUUUUCUCUGGUAUCUGGUUUCGUCACUCACUUCACAAUUAACAAAAGUCAUACUUGUUAAAUUUCAGUAUCCACUAUUUUUGGGACAGUUUCAAUUCCUUAUGGGGGCAAUUUUAGCCCUAAUAGUUAUAACGAUAUGCAAGAGGUUUCCAGGUCUUUCUGACUACUUUCCUUCAGGAAGUGUUCCUAUAGAAAGUGAUAAAGCAAUUUUCAAUAAGUCUAUUUUAAUCAAAAUAUUACCUUUGGGGCUAUUUCAGUUCACAGGAAAAUUUCUAUCAUUAAGCGCAACAUCAUUGAUUCCAUUGUCAACUGUCUCUAGUAUUAAAGCCUUGUCGCCGUUGUUAAUUGUUGGUGGGUAUCGAAUUAUAUACGGUGUGAAGUUUCCAUUCGUUACAUAUCUAUCAUUGACACCUUUGGUUGGGGGAGUAAUCUUGAUAAUUACUUCAGACUCAUUGAAAAAUCCAAAAUCAAAUGAUAACUUGUUAUACAGUGAUAACAAGGACAUUGAUUACAAGCAAAUGAAAGGAAUAAUAUUUUGCAUAUUCAGUUCCAUCAUAUUUGCAGUUCAGAAUAUAUACGGAAAACAAUUGAUAACAUGGGAUUCGAACGUCAGUUCAUUGAAUCCUACAUCUUUGGUACUAGACACAGACCCUAGUAGACCUGGUACUCCUUCUUUAGGUAAUGAGGGUAGGUUUGAACCAGAUGACAGAUUUAUGCACAAGAAGAAACAUUUCAUUCGCCAAAGAGCUAACUCUGUUAGGCUACCAUAUUCUACGUCAGAUUUGAAAUUAGAUGAAAAAUCUGAAGAAGUAAACCUAAGGAACUCUUCUUACAGUGUGAUGGCUGAGCAAAAUAGAGAAGUAACUAGUUUGUGGAGAUCACUAUUCAAAACGGAAGCGAUUUCCAAGCCCGAUAAAAUGACCAUAAUAUUAUACUGCUCAUCAAUAGGGUUUCUUAUAUCCUUUUUGGGAUUUUUAUUCAAAGAGUUAGCUCCAAUCUUGCGAAAUGUUGACGAUGGCGACGAUCACAGGGUCCUUGAAACGACAAGCGAUAUAAUUACUAUUUUUGUUCUUAUACUAUUGAAUUCAAUAUCUCAUUUUUUUCAAACCUUGUUGGCACUUCAUUUGUUAAGUCUGAUUCCCGCAUUGUCUUAUUCAAUAGCCUCCAUGAUGAAAAGAAUAGUAUUGAUUACGGUUAGCAUUGUGUUCGUUAUGGGCUCAUCUUCUUCACAGGAAGGGAAGUUUGGUAGUAUGACCCGAGAACAGCUUCAAGGAUUAGUUCUAAUCGCAGUAGGGCUCUAUUGCUACGAUAAAUGGGGGUCAAAAAGUCUCAAGUCUGAUCGCAUAUAG